AUGGUGGAUUCUCAUAUCUGUCGGUGGCGGGGUGUUUGGAGGGACGACGAGGCUUGUGGAAAGUUUGAUUUCAACUGGAGUCGGCUUUUGGAACCUUGCAUGCAAUUCCCGGAAAUUUUCUUUGCUCACCGGUUCUCUUGCUUGCGUGAUGGUGGCGUAGAUUGGGCUCACGCUCCUGGCUCCUUCGUUUUCUUGUCCGUGGUGUACCGGUUUCCAUGGUGGAGGGUCCGUUCCUGGAGUUGCGGGUUAUCGUUGACCGGCGGUGGCCCAAGUCUUCGGUGGAGGAAGAAACCUUAUCUGGUUCUCAGAGGAGGCGCGUGUUUGGCUCGGAAGGUCUCGUGUUUGGUCAACCGUUCCUUCCCUCCUUCGGCGGCGCGUGUGAAGCGUAACUCAUCCCAGCCCGAGCUGUUAUACUUAGACAGUUUGGUGGAGCCACCUUCUUUUCUUCUUGCAGGGCCGUCUUGCGAUGUGACAGUGGGAUCCGGUUCGCUAGGGCUAGGGAUUCCGGCUUCUAUUCCGUGUGGGCUCAGCCUUCUUGCGAUGUGA